GCCCGCCCCCUGACUGACUCUUGAUUUUGUCCAGCACUAAAUCACCUGAGCAUCUCAGACAGAAAGCGUUGGACGUUUUUAGGUAGAUAAUGAGACUAUCAAUCGCUUUUCGUUAUGCCCAUCGGACCCACGCCAAGACACAACGAUCAACAACCGACGCUAUAAAAGUUUUACACCCGGAAAACAGAUUUAUGCCGGGUAAUACUGCUGUUUCACAUCCAGCCGCUCGAAAAUUUAGUUCAAAUACCGGUAGCAGCUCAAGUGAAACGGUAGCGAGUUUUAAAAGUCAUCCACGGAAAAUCGAUGGACCUGGGUAUGAAACUAUCAUUGGUGAUGUCAUUCAGAGGAGCAGGGAGGAGCUCAAAGCUAUUAAAGAAAUUCACCAAGGCCUUAAACCUACACUGGCCAUUAUACAGGCCGGUGAAGAUGACAGUUUGCUGGAGAUAAAUAAGAAGAUGGCUGGAAAGAUUGGUUUGAAUAUGAUGCAGAUUUGUCUACCACGCCAGUGCACGGAGUCAGAGGUGUUAGAGGAGAUCUUAAGGUUAAAUGAGGAUUCUCGUGUUCAUGGUGUAUUUUUGCACCUGCCUCACUCUUUGCUUUCCAGUACUGUCCGUAAUGCUAUCAAACCAAAGAAGGAUGUGGAUGGAGUUUCUGAUCUUAAUGUUGGCCGUGUGGUGUUGGGGGAUCAGAGAGAGGGCUUUAUAUCGCCUGUAGCGGAGGCUGUCCUGGAGAUGCUCACCAGAAAUGAUGCAGCACUGGUUGGCAAGAUGGCAGUGCUGGUGGGAGUGGAGGGGCCGCUUAAAGUGACUCUUCAGUUUUUGCUGCAAAACAAUGGCAUGGUGGUGCAGACCUGUCAGUGGCACUCUGAGAUCCUGCAGAAACAGGUCCAGGAAUCAGACGUUGUGGUCCUGUUGGCGACUGGGCUUGAUGGUAUCCCACCCACCUGGGUGAGACCAGGGGUGCCAGUCAUCAACCUUGGAUUCACCCUAGCAAGAGAAAACCCUGACAGCUGGGAUCACGGGAUUGAAGCUGAUCUCUCUGUUGGGACUUUAAGUGCUGCUCUCAGAAUGCAGCAUGUAGUGAGAAGCAGCAGUAGGUGGAUGCAGGAACAACAGUACCAGCCGUGGAGGCUCCGACCACUUAAACUUCAACCAUUGUCUCCUGUGCCUUGUGACAUUGAGAUCUCCAGGGCACAAACUCCCAAGCCCAUAACUCGGCUGUCUGAGGAGAUCGGGUUGCUUCCAGAGGAGCUAGAGGCCUAUGGUAGCACCAAAGCCAAAGUCCACCUGUCCCUCCUCGACCGCCUCCAACAUCAGCCUGAUGGCAAAUACGUCCUGGUUGCAGGUAUAACUCCCACUCCUCUGGGUGAGGGCAAGAGUACAGUGACCAUUGGUCUGGUUCAGGCCCUUUCCGCUCAUCUCAAGCUGAAUUCCUUCGCGUGCUUGCGACAGCCUUCCCAGGGCCCGACCUUUGGAGUCAAAGGAGGAGCAGCGGGAGGGGGAUACGCACAGGUCAUUCCUAUGGAGGAGUUUAAUCUACACCUCACAGGUGACAUUCACGCUAUAACUGCAGCCAACAAUCUAGUUGCAGCAGCUAUCGAUGCUCGCAUUUUCCAUGAAGCCACACAGUCAGACAAGGCCCUGUACAACAGACUAGUGCCAUCUGUUAAUGGUGUGAGACAAUUCUCUCCUAUACAGCUGUCUCGUUUACAGCGUCUUGGAAUAAAUAAAUCUGACCCUGACGCCCUGACAUCACAAGAGGUCAACUCAUUUGUCCGUCUUGACCUUGACCCUGAAAAGGUCACAUGGCAGAGAGUUGUUGAUACCAAUGACCGAUUUCUGCGAAAGAUCACCAUUGGCCAGGCCAACACUGAAAAAGGCCAUGCCCGCCAGACCCAGUUUGAUAUAGCCGUAGCCAGUGAGAUCAUGGCUAUCCUGGCUCUGACCGAUGGCCUGGCUGACAUGAGGGCCAGGUUGGGACGCAUGGUCGUGGGCAGCAGCAGAAACGGACAGCCGAUCACUGCAGAUGACCUGGGUGUAACCGGGGCUCUGGCAGUCCUCAUGAAAGAUGCUAUUAAACCCACACUGAUGCAGACAGUAGAGGGCACCCCAGUGUUUGUGCAUGCCGGACCUUUCGCUAACAUCGCCCAUGGAAACUCCUCCGUCCUGGCAGACAAGCUGGCCCUCAAACUAGUAGGGGAAGAAGGAUACGUCGUGACGGAGGCUGGCUUUGGUGCUGAUAUUGGCAUGGAAAAAUUCUUUAACAUUAAGUGCCGGACGUCUGGACUGAGGCCUAAUGUUGUGGUGCUGGUAGCCACUGUCAGGGCUUUGAAGAUGCAUGGUGGUGGACCAAAUGUUACAGCUGGUGUACCGCUGCCUAAGGAAUAUGUUGAUGAGAAUUUGCAGUUGGUUGCGGAGGGCUGCAGUAACCUGACGAAGCAGAUUCAAAACGCUCAUCUCUUUGGUGUUCCUGUGGUUGUGGCUCUGAAUAUAUUCAAGACUGACACUCAAGCUGAGAUUGAUCUGGUGUGUCGCAUCGCAAAGAAUUCUGGGGCCUCAGCUGCUGUGCCGUGCUAUCAUUGGUCAAGAGGUGGGCGGGGCACUGUAGAGUUGGCACAUGCUGUAAAAGAAGCUGCAUCUCAGGAGAGCCAUUUCAGAUUCCUCUAUAGUCUUCAGGAUCCAAUUGUGGAAAAGAUUCGGACAAUUGCACAGAAGGUUUAUGGUGCGGAUGACAUUGAGUUGUCACCUGAGGCUAAAACUAAGAUUGACUACUACAAUGAACAGGGUUUUGGUGCUCUACCCAUCUGCAUGGCCAAGACCCACCUGUCUCUUUCUCACAUGCCACAGAAAAAGGGCGUUCCCACUGGUUUUGUCCUGCCAAUAAGAGAUGUCCGUGCCAGCAUCGGUGCAGGGUUUAUCUACCCUUUAGUUGGAACGAUGAGUACCAUGCCAGGAUUACCUACACGGCCCUGUUUCUAUGACAUUGACCUUGAUCCAGUUACAGAGGAGAUUAAAGGACUCUUCUGAAGGUGCCUUGAAUGGUGUUUGCAGUAUCUGUGUGGGCCUCCAUUCAUAAGCAAGUUAUGAACCACUCAUCCACUGCCUUCUGCUAACGUACCAAUGAGAAAUUUAAACUUUUAAAUGUUUAUUUUGAUAGUUUUUAAUAGAUUUUAGUCUUAAAUAUUCUUUCAUGAUUUUGAUUUUAACAGUAAAUGUGCUUAAUUUUGGUUUCCAGAAGUAAAGAUUUACAUGAACAUACUUAGGCCUGGUUUCACAAAAGCCAGGAGUAGGUCUUGGCUAAAUGAUGUUAUACUCCCGGUUUCACAGACAAGGCUUAAGGCUAGUCCUAGAUGCAUGUUUGAGCUGUUUCUACUGAAAAAAACAGAUCCUAAAAUGUGCCAGUGCCAAUGAUUUCUCUUAAGAUACACACCAGUAACGUCAUGUUUAUAAAAGAUGCUUAAACUCCUUAAUUAAAGGUUUAGUCUUGGCUUUAGCUAGGGCUUAACAUCUUAUAUAAACAUGCCUUACUGGUGGGUAUCCCUGAGAUAAAUCAAUGGCACUGACAUAUUUGCAAGUUAUUUUUAGAUGAUACAAUUCAAACAUAUGUUUUAGUCUAGGACUAGCCUUAAAGGAACAGUAUGUAAGAAAUUUAUAUCAAUUAAUCAUAAAAUGGCCCUGAUAAGUCACUAGACAUUAAGAAAUCAUUUUAAUUUUAAAUACUUACAGUAUAUCACUCACAACAGUGGUCUGGCCAGGAUAUUGUCACUUAAAAAGUGUAGUUGCAGCCCUCAACUGAUGUUUAUGUUGUCAUUUUGUGUAUUGGCCACCGGUUGGGUGAUUGCAGUACCAGUUUUAGCCACAAGUUUUGUUAUUGCAAUACCAGAUUUGGCCACAAUCCUACAUACUGUUCCUUUAAGCCCUGUCUGUGAAACCGGGGAUUAAUGUUUACAGUUCAGUGACGCACAGAAUUUUUUUAAGCACAUAAUGCUUUAAUAUUUGUUUUUAGUGUUUUAGAUUACUUGAAGUAUCUAAACAGUGUUCAAGUGAAUGCAUUUAUUUGCUUUUUAUUUGAACACCGUCUUUUUUGUUAGAUUUUUAACUUUAAUUCAAACAUUUCAUUUUCACUUCAAUUUCAAAUGUUUGUUACAGCAAAUUGUUACUGAUGUCCUAAUGUUUAGGUGCUCUCUUUUUUUUGGACGCUAAACCUAAAACAAGCUUCCAGGUGUUGUCAGUGGUUCAUUUGAGACACCUGUUCUUUCUCUCUUUCUUUCUGUCUCUCUUUUAUAAAGAAUGUAAAUGCACGUGUAGAUAAAACAUACUUCUCAUUACGUGUGUUAGCACCUUUUGAACAUGCAUGCAUGCAAGUACAUGCCAGAAAAUCUUGCUUUAAACAUUCCACUGUUAUCUGUAAUUCAGAGUCUUAAACUAAAGUCUGCUACGUGAGCAAAGAGAAGAAUUCCAUUGACUUUUGCAAUAGCAGUGUGUGUGUCUGAAAAACUGUAUUUUUUUAGUGUUGAGUGAAAAAUUUGGCGGUCAAAAGGGCAGUCGAAGCGCAAGGUUAUGUGCAGGAAUAAAACGUUUUAGGGUUGUGAAUAAACGUAAUAAAAUUAUAUGAAAUAACCA